AUGUAUGAGCCGCUAUAUUUUGCUUUUGACGCCUACCCUGCUGCGGUCCCCCGAGUGAGGGUUCGAGGUGUCAUGGCUCUCUUCCUGGCUGGUUCAAUCCUGUGGGCAUUGAUCUGGCUACUCUACCGUGCAUGGCAGGUCUGUCAGACUUCCAAUGAGGUUCUGGUGGAGAAGCUUGGUCUCGACAUUCCUCCGCCGCCAGAGGUGACCCUCGAGGAGAUCACAGCCCGUGAGAUCCGCCUUGCCUGGAAACAACCAGACUUUCACAACUCAAUUCACAAGCAUAUCAUUCAGGUGAACAAUGUUAAAGUCGGAGAAUCCAAGCGUGCUGAAACUGCGGUGGAAAUCUCGAAUCUCAUACCUGGAAACAUUUACCACAUUUGCGUUCUUUCUCUCAGCGCCGCAAACUUCCAAACUCCCAGUGCGAUCCUCCAUGUCCGAACGAAAUCUCUUCCGCUGUCCCAGGCCCAACAAAAUGGCAAUGUCGGUGCUCCAAUCAUUCGCGCCUUCAUUCCCAGGUCAACAGUUGGUCUGCCUACGCCAUCUGCCCCUGUCAUGUCGCGCGAACACAGUUCAGGCCAGCUGCCUGGUAAGCGGCCCUCUGCUGGGCGGAAACUCUCCCCCGCUGCUGGAAUUGACGUUUCCCACGGCCAUCUCGAUGAGACCCAAAAGAGCAGAGCAAAGAGCGCCAAAGAGGAGACUCUGGAACAACUAGCAGACCGCUUGAAGUCACUUCAACAGGAAAAUGAGAAUGUGGAGAAGCAAGCGACGGAGGAAGAGGAUGAACAUAUCGCAUUACUGAAAGACCUAGAAAAGCAGCGCAGUGAGCUAAGAAAGCGCGUUCGAGAAAAGGACGAGGCAAGCGGCGAUCUGAAAAAACACGUCUACAAGCUGGAAAGCGUCAAUCGAACAGUGCAAGGCGAAAAGUCAAAGCGCUUGAGACUUCUUCAGCAGAAAGAGGCAGAGCGCAAGAAGCGCAAGAAUGACAUCCUGCGGUGGCAGGAGAAGAUUGCGCGCAUGGAAAACGAUGCUACACAGGCGAAGGAGGAUAAAGCCCGGAUUGAGGAGGAAAUGGCUGCGCGCGCAGAGGAGGUCCGAAAGAAGAUCGCCAAAGAGCAAGGAGAGAUGAAGACGAUCGAUGAUGAGAUCCAAGACAAAGGAGGACGGAUCAAAAAACUUGAAGAAGAGAGAAUGGGAUUGCAAGAAGGCGACAGUGAGGAUGGCAAGGAGUUGGAUCGCAUCGACAAUGAGCGGGCUCGGCAAUGGGAGCACAAGUUGGGCAACCUACACGCACGCUAUACGACUCUGGUGAAUCUUCACGCGCAAGCCCAACAACAAUAUCAGGAAGCCCAAGAGCGCUUGAAAUGGCUCACUGCCCAACGACCCGGUAGCUCGGGGCCCUUUUCCUUGCCGAGCCUCGAUCUUGAUAUGUCGAAUACUGCCACUAUUCGGCCCCGUCGCCAUCGCAGCUCACUUGUCAGCAACGUAUCUUCCCCUGUGAACUUCCCAGGCAUUGAGGCGUCGUUCCCAGGUGGCCUCGGCUACAACCCACCCGCAAGUCACUCGCCUACGUUUGCUCCCAGCUCUGCAUUCUUCAACAUCAACAAUGGCAUGGCUCUUCCCGGUCUGUCUGAUCCCCCGGAGAUCAUGCGUUCAGAUGCGGAGGUUGCUUUCAAUAACCCGCAAAUGAGUCCCCGCGCAGACGCGCUGUUGCCAUCUGAUCUCCUUGGUGAUGAGGAAUCACCAGAAUUCCCACGAUCUAUUACCCGUCCAAGAUUCUCAACUCUGGAGACUCCCGGUCCUCCCUUGGACGGCUUCGGUCAUGGUCCAGUAUCGCCCGUUUCUUCCGACAGUCGAGCGGGUAGUAUCUUUGCCAGUCCAAUGGAAACUCAAAUACGACAGGAAUCCGAGUCCCAAGGUGUUCAUUUGUCUGCUGCUGGGGAUGCUCCGAAAAGCGCAUCCCGGAGACUCUCCGGGCUCUUCGGCUUUCACCGGCCUCGUGGAAAGACUUUGGCAGACGAGUCACCCAUGCUCGGCACAUUGAAACCGGGUCAGAGUCAAUCCUUCCCGCGCAACAUCGACGAGCUGGACCCAAUCGGUUCACGGCGACGCAGAUCGAGCUAUACUGGAAACUGGGCAAACCCGAUGUCAUUGUUCCCUCGAAGCAACACCACUGGGGUUACUAUGGACAGUUCGUCUGAUCAUGCACCUUCCCGGCGAGCUGCUUUCUCAAGUAUCUUCUCAUCCAGCAAGUUUGGCUUCGGCGGUGCUGGCGCCCGUGGGAACUCCGAUCUCAGCACUGGCUAUAACCAAUUCAGUCCUCGUCAUGACCCUAUCGAUCCAUCUUCGCUUCUUGGCGGUGUUCGAAGGGGAUCUUUGUCCCCACGGCCUUCGUCUGUCUCGUUCGACAACCAAAAUCACCUCCCUCAUCCGUCUACGGACAACCGCCAUUUCGGAUGGCCGUCAACCGAGAAUGCUGGACACCGCAACAGUCCCCUCGGAUUUGACUGGGCCUCACCAUCAACGUGGUCUCGUGCUCCUUCUCGGCGACCUUCAAUCCAAUAUGGAUCAUCAGGUCAUCUCCCACUGGGCCUGAGCGGUGAACCUGAUUUCAUGGAAGACACAUUCGAACGUCCUCACCGACCACUGCAGGCACCUAUUGGCACUCGUCCUUCGUCCUCCCAUCGGCCACUUACACCGAAGCUGAAUCCCGCUGCACCGGCGUUCACUGCAGUGUUCACGGGCGAGAACCCCAAUGACCAGGACAAGCCCAAGGGCCCUGAUAGUCCAUUCAGCUUGCACGAGUUUGACCGUUCUCCUUCCGAACCUCGCACAUCUCGCUCCCUCUCUCACUUCACCGGAGAAUCAUAUGAGUCCCUGGAGCGCAUGCAUUCGGGAACUUCCGUCGACAACGGGUCCAAGGAGUCAUUUAUCCGCAAGAUCACGCGCAAGGGCAGCUCCAGCAAGUUCAGCUCAUGGAAAGAUCGCUCGGGACUCUUCUCCAAGAAGGCCGACUCCGCGCAAGGUGAUAUCGACGGAGACGCGGCUAGCGAGGCACAGCUCGGCAAGAGCAUUGAUAGCACUGCCUCCAGUGUGCCCUCUGCCGACCGCUCGACCCGCAGCAGUCUGGGCUUCUUUUCUCGCAAGUCCCGCAGAUCCGACAAGGCCAGUGAGACUAGCGAACGCGCUAGUGAGACUGGUGAUGAAGAGAUUCCGGAGGAGGUUGAAGCACCGUGA